AUGUCGAUUCCAGAACAGCUUCCUCUGCACUUGAUUGGAACCCAGGCAUUCCUGCCGGCACUACUUUCAUAUAUACGAAGCCUUGCCAAUACCACCUCUCUUCCGCUUGAUCAUGUCAUCUUCCAAUCAGUUCUUGUGUGUCUUAUCGCGGGUGACAAACACCUGAUCCUCCGCACACCAGAGGAGGAUGUAUCUUUUGUAGUAAAAUUGGUCGUUUGGCUCCGUUCAAAAACUGGCAUCUCAUCAGUGUCUGAUCCGGAUGCCUUUCUGCGGUCGUUGUUUUUCCCGCCGGGAUCCUCUUCUUCCAACUCGAAUCAAACAUCGCAAGAUGAAGGAACUGCUGAAAACUUGAAACAUUUGGGCCACUAUCGUCACCACUCCCAUGCGCGUUCCUCAUUGAAACCCGGGACAAAGCACCAACCAGAAUACUCCCGUUCACGGUCUUUUCCAAACAAUCUCGGAGCUGCACAAGACCAUGGGACACCUGCUCCAGAUUUUCCUGCUUCGCAAGGUGCCACCACCACCACAGGGCAACGAUCUGUCGCCACUACCCCUCAUUCGCCGGGGUUGCCGUCAAUAUUGAAACCCCAACCGAUAUAUCCCAACAGUAUGCCCCACGCGCAUACUGAUCCGCUACCAUUGCCCAGGCGGAAGAAAACAUUAUCACAGUCUAAGCCAUUGCAACUUCCCCACGCCUUGGUCCUUUCGGGUCUAGAGAAUGCAGCGGAUAGUGUUCAACGCUCCCUGGCAAGGGUAUUGGCAGAUAAAAAGGUAGUAUUAGAAAGUCGAAGAGAUACCACUGCGCUAGAUUCAGAUAGAACAGGAUUUGUCGAAGAUGGAGUUUGGACUCUUCCCGAUGGGUUUAUCGUAGUGUAUGUUUGUCCCUGGAAUGCUCGAGAGCGGCCUGCUCUCCACAAAUCACUGUUGGACAAGUUCGCCAUGAGCGCAGAUGUAUUCAUUUCUCAAAGUAUACGUCGCGAUUUCCAUUCGCUCCCCUUUUCUUCUUCUCCUCGUGCAUUCCACCCCAGUUUUGUUUCGCACUCCAAUCCGGGCAGUCCAUCACCUUCACAUCCUACGCCACUGCCUCCUACCCACACGCCACCUGUAUUCACAAAAGCCUUGCCUCUACCCAGAAAGUCGUCUGCCCAUUUUAAUCCGCCUCCUCUUCCUGAUGUUGUCCUUCCUACAUCAUUUAUCAAGGCUCUGCAAGAUGCUCGCCACAGGGUCCACAUUUCAUGGUCCUCAUCUUUAUAUCUAUCUGAUCUUUUCUCUGCUACGCGACACCACUCACGCCUAGAUGCGAUGUUGCUCACUGCCAAGUCGAUGAAAGAUGCUGAAGAUCUUAUUUGCGCCUCCCGCAUCAUCGGGAAUGAUCUCACAGGGAUGGAACUUGUACGCAGCUCAGGAUUGAUAUACGAUGGCGACGCCGCCGAAGAAGACGACGAUGACGAUCCCUCUGGCAACGAAAAUGUUGAUUCGAUUGCACGGGAUUACGUGCGGCUUGAAGAUGUUGACGAACAUUCGACCAUGUCUGCACCGUCGCGUAUGAAUGCCAAAGACACGAACGAGCAGCAGUCGCUCACUGCCACCACAACCACCACAACCUCUGGGGUGCUGGAUGUGUCAGAGGUUGAUGUUGCUCGCAUUGUUCCCAGAGUGAUCUCGCAUCGCGUACGGCUGAGGAAUGGUCCACAGGAUGAAAUCUUGUCCAGUGCACUGUACGGUGCUACGUUUCUGCCCCAUCAGAUGCCGAAGCCGCCUGUCGUUAGUGACGAGAGUCAGAAGACUGCAGAUAAAACACCGUCCGUCAAAGCCGUGCUUGUGAGCAUCCUGUCUGAGGUAUGA